CCCCGGGGUUGUGGGAAACAGCGGUUCACGCGCUGUUGUUGCCCGCGUGCAGAUAAACGGAGGCCGCGGCAGGCGCCGCCUCUUGGAAACCCUCCCACCAAUAAAGCCCGCGUCGAGGCGGGACGACGGCUCCGACGUGGGGCCAACAGGUUGCACUGGUAGCGGGCGAGAACUCCCCGAUGCCGUCGCUCCAUUGAGUUGCAUCUUGGCGUCCCGACAACCCGCGGAGCUCGUGCCGCUGCUGGAAGCACCGACUCCGGACUCUUGACCGAGGAGGGAGGAUUUCAUUCAUUUGUGCAGGCUGACGGCACCGACGCCAUGAGCGCUCUCUCCGCCGACCGAAAGGCUCCCGUGGAUUACGGCGUCCAGAUCCGCUUCAUCAAGGACCUGAACGACACGGGGGGGAGUUACCCUGAUAAAUCCAAAGGGAACGCCGCCGCCCCCGCCUCCAGUAAAUACGGAGUGGCCGUGCGGGUUCAGGGCAUCUCGGGGCAGCCCUAUGUGGUCCUGAAAGACGGCGAGAAGGGCGACUCGUAUGGGGUCCAGCUCAACAGCCCCGCCCCCGGCUCAGGGCCCACGUCGCCUUACAACAGCCUUCCCAGAAUCAGCAAGGAGCCGGCAGAGUUCGUCAACCCCUACACCCCCGUCAAAAACGCGCCUCGCUCCCCCGUGUCUCCCACAGGGGAUGAGGACGGGGAGAUUUUCGGGAGUCCGCUUAAGAGACCCCCAGGCGACGGCCAAGCAGGGACUCAAGGGGAGGAGGAGGCUGGAGCUGGAAGGCUGGGAAAAGUGGAAAUAUCCAAAGCGGAACUCAAGCUGAAAUCGGCACCCAGCAAGUCGGGGAACAAAAAGGACUGGACUGCAGAGAAGUAUAACGAAGCAGGGUUGAAACCCGUCAACCUGAACGGCACAGGGCCCAGAAAGGUCAAGCAAGCGGGCCCCGGGUUCAGCGGUUCCCUGGGGAGACACAGCGUGAGGAAACUAAGCUCAGAACCCCCAUCGGACCCAUUGACAGAAGCUCCCGCCUCCGCCGAGGCUCCGCCCGUCGCCGCCAUCGACACCAAGUCCCUCGCUCCCAUCAACAAGCUCAUCAGUCAGUUCAACACCGGGACACCCGACGGCAGCGGCCCUCAGACCCGGGGCCGCCCCGGGGCCCGGCAGCGGCUCCGCUUCGAUGAGCGCAGGAGGUCCAGAAGCCUGGACGCUAGAAAGGACGCGCAGCCCGAGGUUUCGCUCCCACCGCCCGCGUCCCCCACCGUCAACCCCUACGCCGCCCCCCUGCCUGGCCCGUGGGCGCCCUCCGCCCCGGCCAGCGGCAGCCUGGGCAGGAGCCCUGCCUCUGUUGCCAAGGUGACGGCGCUGGAGGCCCCCAAGCCCAGCUUCGCGUCGCCAGGGAAGUUCGUUGCCAAGGACACACCCCCAGCUGCGGCAAAAAAGCCUGAGGUGUCUCCGAGGAGCCAGAGUCAAAGCGCAGAGGUGUUGAGCGUGGAGGAAAGACCGAUUAAGCAAUCGUUUUCAACCAUCAGCUCCAGUCAAAGCGAUGGAUUCCUCAAAAAAAACACCAACGUCUAUGAGACGAGCAGCAGCCUGAAGAGGGGAGAUGGAAGCGUCCCAAAGGGCGGCCUGGAGGAACUCCGGGAGCAACUCAGUCGCUGCAACAGAGAACUGCAGCAGGCCUAUGAUGAACUGGCCGUGGAGCGCAUGGCCAGAGAAAAGGCAGAAUCUCGCGUGCGCCUGCAGGAGGAUCAGCUGGCGGAGCUCCAGGAGGAGCUGAGGAGGCUGGCGGAAACCUCGCCUCGCUCCGACUCCCUGCAGACGGACGUGGUGACCCUGCAGGCGGAGCUGGCGGAGGCCGCCCUGCUCCGGCAGCGCCAGGAGGACACGCUCCGGCAGCGCGAGCGCGAGCUGACGGCCCUGAAGGGGGCGCUGAAGGAGGAGGUGGAGUGCCACGACCAGGAAAUCGAGGUGCUGAGAGAGCAGUACAGCCAGGACAUGGAGAACCUGAGGAAAACCAUGGAGGAGGUCACACAGUCCCAGGAGCAGAUAGUGGACGAGAGGGAGAAGGUGAACGCCUCCAUGUUGACCCUGGAGAAGGAGCUGGAGGGCUGCAGGGGCCGGGAGGAGCGGUGGAAGGCGGAGAUGAAGGCCACCGCACAGGAGCUGCACGACACCAAGCAACAGCUUCAGAAGUCCCUCCAGGCGAAGGACGACUGUGACGGCAAGUUGAGGGACCUUCAAGAUUCCGUUCUUGCCAUGAAGAAACGAACCCCCGCGUCUGAGGAUAAAGACGCUUUGGAGAAGGAGCUUCGGCGUUGCCAUGACGAUCUGAAGGGGGCUCGCGCCGAUCUAGACAAACAAAGAGGCGAGUUGCAGAAGAGGAGCGAGGCACUUCAGGCACUGGAGAAAACGAGAGCGGACAGAGAGGCCGAGCUCCUGUCCGAGAUCAGCGGGCUGAAGGAGCAGUUGCAAACAGAGAAGGAGAAGGCGAAGGAGUCGGUUGAACCCACGGGGCCGACCGCGGUGGACCACGGGCCCAGCCUGGAGCUCCAGGAGGCCAACUCCCGCCUCAGAGAGAGGCUGGCUCGCAUGUCGAGGCUUCACUCCAGUUCCCGCGGAUCCGAGGACAACGAGGCCUUGGAGGCGCUGGAGGACGAGAACCGCAGCCUGAAGUCUCAGCUCGAGGAGGCGAAGAGAGGCGCCACCCGCCUGAGCAAGGAGCGCGACGAGCUGAGCCGGCGGCUGGAGGAGCGGGAGCUGGAGAGGGAGGCGCUGAGGAGGGGCAAGAGCGACCUGGAGGAGCAGAAGAGGCUGCUGGACCGAGCGCUGGAGAAGAUCAACAAGGAGAUGGAGAUGAUGAUGGGAGAUUCCCGCCAGUCGGUGUCGGCGCUGCAGUCGCAGCUGGACGACUUCAGGGAGCGCUCGCGGAAGGAUCUGCUGGAGGCGCAGCGCAACAGCAAGGACCGGCUGGCCGAGCUGCAGAGGGCCCAGAGCAGCCUGAAGACGCAGCAGGAGGAGGUCUCUCGCCUGAAGAAGGAGCUGCUGACGUGCAGCGAGGAGCGAGACGGCGCGCAGCUGGAGAGAGACCUGCUCAACAACCGUCUGAAGCACCUGGAGGAGGAGCUGGAGUCGGAGAAGAGCACCUACAGCGACCGGGCCAGGGAGGUCAGGGGCCUGGAGGACAAAAUUAAGACGCUGGAGAUCGAGCUGGACGAGGAAAGGAGCGGCGCGGAGCUCCUGAAUGACCGCAUCACGCGCAGCAGGGAUCAGGUGGACCAGCUGCGCUCCGAGCUGAUGCAGGAGCGCUCGGCGAGACACGACCUGGAGAUGGACAAGGGCGCGCUGGAGAGACAGGUGAAGGAGCUGAGGACCCGCGUGGCCGACAUGGAGGGGCAGCCCCGGCCCACGGCGGGGCUCACGCUGCUGGAGAACAAGCUCCACGAGCUGGAGGAGAGGCUGCGUAGUGAAGAGAGGGAGGCCAGCAUCCAGGCCUCUCAGAGACGAACGGAGCGGAAGCUGAAGGAGGCGAACGCCACGCUGGACCAGGAGAGGACCCAGCACGUGGAGCAGAGAGACCAGCUCUCCCUGCGCGUGAAGGCCUUGAAGCGGCAGCUGGACGAGAGCGAGGUGGAGGUGGAGCGCCUGGAGGGCGUCCGCCGCAAGUUCCUCCGCGACCUGGAGGAGCAGCAGGAGCUGCAGGAGGCGCUGCGGGCCAAAGUCACAGCGAUGGAGACGGAGUACAAGCGUAAAUCCCAGCAGUCGCACCGCGUGACGCUCGGCUCCUCGACCUUAAGCUCCGAGGACGAGGACGGCUUCGGCGACAGCCCUCUGCCGACCAGCAACUGCUAGAGGAAACCAGCACGCAAUCUGCCUCUGCCAGAGGAAGCAACUCAGGGCUGCGGGCGGCGAUUGUGACUGCUGUGCUGCUGUCACCUUUUACCUGCAUCCGAUACGCUCAGCAGAGGAAUUACAGUCACGGAUUUAAAAAAAGAAUAACACUUUUCCACAAGGCUCCGUGUUCCUGUGUCGCGUGCUUUGCUCAGCGGUCACACGGUAGCGAGGUGUGCAGAUGCUGAACCUUCACAUCCGAGCUGAUCUGAAACCAAAAUGCUCCUACUGCUUUUCUACCUUACUUUAGUCUGCUCGUGCAUGAUAAAUGACAUCUGCCAGUGUUGUUAAUAGUGUUUGAACUGAAUGUGACAAUAACGGGCCGUUUAAUCUGAGCCUGUGUUUUGUAUUAGUGAUAUUAGACAUUAUAACAUGCGGGAUACACGCCGUAGCACUGUGGAUCCCCAGCGGAUCCGCUUCCACUCAAUCCACAUGCAUGUUCAAUCAACUGCCUUAACGACGAGCCCCACGUCUUCGUCUGUACUUUGUGACGUCAUCGCAGUGUUCUGUUUUGCGCUCUAAUGGUUUUAAUAAUGUUCCACACGCUCGUCUGUGCUUUGUCUCAUAAUCUCUGUUCCUCCUUGUUGUUGCUUUGGAUGUUGCUGACAACCUGCUGAUGUUGGUGUUGUUUCAUUCGGAACUCGUCAUUUUUGUAUUCGGGCCGUUUUAAGCAAGGUUGCGAUUAAAUUUCUUACACGUUUCAUAAGCUGCUGUUAAACUAUGUACUAUAAGCAGAGCUCUACUGUUUAUCGGCAUCUUCCAUAAAAUAUACAUGAAGUAAUAGUGA